GCUCGGGCUCGCGCUCUCUCCCCUUCUGCUUCUCUCUCCGCCAGGAGCCGCCGAACGAUGCGAUCGCUCGCAGCCAGCGCCGCCGCCGCCCAUUAGAGACCCCUCCCCCCCGCCUGCCUUCCAACAAAAACCCUCCCGCCAGAGCAGGACCCACCCUUUCCCCUCCCCCCCACCGAACCCUCUUCCUCCUCCUCCUCCUCCUCCUCCAUCGGGAAGAGCUCAGCCUUUUCUGCACCAGCCCCAGUGCCUGCCUGCAGCCCGGCUCCCACUCGGAUGCAUUGAUUGCUAGAGAGAGAGGUAACGGAGGGGAGGACAGCAAAGAAAGGAAAAAAGGGGGGGACACAUUUGGUUGCCCAGAUUUUUUUCCCCUGGGGGGUGAUUUUUUUCCCCCUUUCCCUCGGAGUGUCUGAGAAGGGGGGAGGCGCCCGCCGAGAGGUGUGUUUUUUCUGGGGGGCCAUCAUGGGAUGUACACUGAGCGCAGAGGAGAGAGCCGCCUUGGAGAGGAGCAAAGCGAUCGAGAAGAACCUCAAGGAGGAUGGGAUCACCGCCGCCAAAGACGUGAAAUUACUCCUGCUAGGGGCUGGAGAAUCUGGGAAAAGCACCAUUGUGAAGCAGAUGAAGAUCAUUCAUGAAGACGGUUUCUCCGGAGAAGACGUGAAGCAGUACAAGCCUGUGGUCUAUAGCAACACUAUUCAGUCCCUGGCAGCUAUCGUCCGUGCCAUGGAUACCUUGGGCAUUGAAUACGGUGAUAAGGAGCGAAGGGCUGAUGCUAAGAUGGUCUGUGAUGUAGUAAGUCGAAUGGAGGACACAGAGCCCUUCUCUCCAGAGCUGCUGUCUGCUAUGAUGAGACUCUGGGCAGAUUCUGGAAUCCAGGAGUGCUUCAACCGGUCCCGGGAAUAUCAACUUAAUGACUCUGCCCAAUACUACCUAGACAGCUUAGAUCGAAUCGGAGCUCCAGACUACCAGCCAACAGAGCAGGAUAUACUUCGAACCAGGGUCAAAACAACCGGCAUUGUAGAAACCCAUUUCACAUUCAAAAACCUCCACUUCAGGCUGUUCGAUGUGGGAGGUCAGAGGUCAGAACGUAAGAAAUGGAUCCACUGCUUUGAGGACGUCACAGCGAUCAUUUUUUGUGUUGCACUGAGUGGUUACGAUCAGGUGCUCCAUGAAGACGAAACCACGAACCGAAUGCAUGAGUCUCUCAUGCUCUUCGACUCCAUCUGUAACAACAAAUUCUUCAUCGAUACCUCCAUCAUUCUCUUCCUCAACAAGAAAGACCUAUUUGCCGAGAAGAUCAAGAAAUCACCUCUGACCAUCUGCUUCCCUGAAUAUACAGGUCCUAACACUUAUGAGGAUGCAGCAGCAUAUAUCCAAGCACAAUUUGAAAGCAAAAACCGCUCCCCCAACAAGGAGAUUUACUGUCACAUGACUUGUGCGACGGACACGAACAACAUCCAGGUGGUCUUCGAUGCUGUCACCGAUAUCAUCAUUGCCAACAACCUCCGAGGCUGUGGCUUGUACUGACACCUUCUCGUGCUGUAUAGCAAAGCAACUCCUUUGGUAAUGAUCACGGCGUGAGGAAAAAAUUUUAAAAAAAGAAAAAAGCGCAAAACAAAAACCGAAUCAAACCACAAAAAAAAUCAUUAUACUAAUAAUGCAAGCUGGUAAAUAAAAAAGCAUAAUGACAAAUUAUAUAUAUAUAAAUAUAUAUAUAUAUAUUAAAAAAACCACAACAAUAAUCUUUUUAGUUUGUCUCAAAGAGCUGUGGACAGAACUGAUUUCUCUGACAGGCUUCAGCCCUCCUUGGUAUUGUCACUAGUCAUAGAAAUCAAAUCAAUUAAAUAAGCCAAGAAAAAUUACGCUGGCAUUUGCUAAAUGGUCUGCCUGCAUUUUGAACCUAAGGUAUCCUAUGAGUUUUAAAAUUGAUUGUUUUCUUAAAACAAAGAGCAGUAAUGUUACUUUUUUAACUCUUCUUUGUGGGGAGGGGCUUCAGGUGUAGAGGGAAGGGGAAUUUUUUUUCUUCUUUCUCCCCAUUCCAGUUUCUUGGAUUUUUUAGGUACUGCUGUUAGGAAGCUGUAAGUCAGUUGGUGCUGCACUGCAGUCUGGGUCACCUGGGCUUGGCUUUCAGUGCCUCUCGGUUCUGUUCAGCUCUUGUGGGUUUCAAAAACAAACAAAAAAAAAGACAAAAAAUAAUAAUAAUAAAAAAAAAGGACAAAAAAACAAACCCAAGCCACAAUAUUUUAGGACUUUUUUUAACGGGGACGCAGCAGGAAAGCAUCCUUUAUGUAACAAGCUCUUCACUUGUGGAAUGUAACUUCCUCUCAAGGUAAAGCACAGGAUGGGGAGCUUCGGGCUUUUUACCAGCGCGGGUUCUGUGAGAAAGAGGAGGGCCCCUAGUGGCAAUCACACCCCAACACACACACACACAUGCAGGGGGAGGGAUGUAUUUGCCCAUCAAACUCAAACCGUGUGUCAGUGCCAACCUCACUUCCAGGUGGGCUUUGGGCAGGGGAGGGGAGAUGCAAUUUAUUUUUGAACAGGGUUAAGGACAUUACCCAUUGUGAUCCUGUUUUACUUGGCUUUGAGGGAUUCCCCCUAUGAUUUAAUUGAUUUCUUGAUUGAUUUUUAAUGUAUUCAAGCCUGGGCUCCCUUCUCUCUCUCUCCAGACCACUUCACGGACUCUCCUGUUGGCGUUCUCCUUACCGGUAGCAUGACCUUUUGGCCUUUUGCAUAAGACACAGCCUUCCUGACUGAAUCAAUGUAUAAUGUUCUGAACAUGGAAUGAUGGCUGUGUGUUUCCGUAGACUGCUGUAGAUCUGGUUUUAGCUGAGUCUUUACAUUUAGAAGCUAAAAGAUUAAAAAGGAAGAAAAAAAAGAAAAAUGAAAACCUUUUUUUCAUGUGCUUUGUAGCUAAAAAAGAAGAAAAAAGAAAAAAAAAAGAUUCCUUUCCCAUUUCCCCUAUUCCCCUUUAUUUAAAAAAAAGAAAAGAAAAAUCUUUUGCAACCGUGCUAAGAGGUAUUCGCCUCUUCUUCAGUCCUCAUUUUAACAGGAAUGAAUUUGCGUUUGUUUUCAUUUAAUUUCCCUCUUUGUGUUUAUUUGUGCCCUGCCUCUUUAAAAAGAGAAAAGGGCCGGUGGGGUCUUUAUUAGCCUGGAGUGAUAAGACUACAAUGCAAGACCAUGCCUGUGGGUCAGGUAUCCAGCAGGGGAUGUCUUUCUGCAUUAUAUUUAUUUAUUCUUUUCCCCUAGUUUAAUAACGACUCUUCGUUCUGAAUUGUCUCUUUCACGCUCCAGGUUUGUAUCAAAAAAGCACAGCUGUCACUGGCCUGUAGCAGCCAAAUUAUCCAGAGAUUUUCCCUCUCUUGACUUGUUUGCUCUGAAGAAUACUGUGUAUUACAUACCAGACAGGCUUCCUCUUCUUUCUUUUAUUGUUUUGGGGGUUGGUUUGGGAGACCUUAGAGGGAUUAUUUUUGUUUGGAUUUUUUUUGUUUUGUUCUGAUUUAUUUUUUUAACUUUCCAGUGAAUGCUUUUCUGUGCUGCUUUUUUCCUCCUCUGAUCCUUCCUUUUAGUGAAUGGUGUUUUCUCUCUCUCUCUCUCUCUCUCAUGUGGGGAUGUUUGUGCUGCAAAAACAAACGGAAAAAAAAAAA